GCCUCGACGUGCCUCCAUCCAGCAGCUUCCCGUCUGUCGCUCAGCCUCCCAGAUAAAGCCAGCCGGCCAGCCUUCCGCAGCUGCUCUUCCUUGCCUUCCUUCCAGCUACAUGGCCUCACCACGGGCGCAGCUCUUCUGCUGCGCGCCGUCCAGGGUGGAUCCGCUGCGCGCUUUCCAGCCGCUCCUUUGGGACUGGCUGUGCUUGGGCAGCGCCGCGCUGGGCCUGGUCGGGGCGGCUGGGCUGAAAGCGCUCUGCAGCAGGCACCCACGGCCUUCCUCCUGCCGCCCUUCUGACGGCUCACCUAUCGCUGCGCGGACCCUCUGGGCAGCUACCCUCGCCAGCAAUUGCCUCGGCACUGCGGGAAUCCUGGCCCGCUCGGUGCUGUGGCUGGCAGUGCCUCCUGGACCAGGGAUGGCCUCUCUGCUGUGCGUCGGGAUCUCGACCUGGGUGCAGUACUGGUUUGCCUUCCACUUCUGGGCCUUCUUCUGCUACUCCCUGGAGGCUUUUCUGCUGCUGCGGAACCCGACAGGCCGCAGGUCCUUGAAAAUCUACUAUCUGUUUUGCUGGGGUGUGCCAGCCACUCACUGUCUUCCAGGUAUUCAACUGCUGAUGUCUCCUGCAGAUGCUUGCUACGGUUCCCCUCACCCACUGGCACAAGUCCUGGAAGUCCUCCGUUAUGCUGCUACCUACAUUGCCCUCACCUUGGUGUUUCUGGGAAGUCCUGUGCUUUUUUCCAGGACACUCCAGGCAGUACCUGGUUUGCUGCGGAGGGGUACAGGGAUGUACACAGCCAGUGAAUGGAGCCAGGAGCUGCAGCUUCGCCGGAAAUUUUUUGGCAUCUCGAUGGCCUUCUUUUCCUGCUGGACAGCAAACAUACUGCAUGAGAUGCUUUUACUGCUGCAGUCAGGAUCCACAUGGAGACAGGAGACCUGGUGCUUGCUGUGCAUAGCUGCUCUUACCUGCUGGAUUGCCAUGGCUAUUCUGAACCCACUGAGUGGGUUCCUGCUCAUGCUGGCAUUCUCCGCCAGGAGGAGCAGCUCAUGUGCCAGAAGGAUGAUGCUUCCCUGGAGAUCCUCAAGUGAAAUCACCAAGAACAGCGACUCACUCUCAAAAGCCACCUCUGACUCUGCAUUUGACUUUCUUAUGGACACAGGCACUACAAAGGCGUCCAGUCUCUUGGCUUCCUUAGACACCAGCGCUUCCAUGGGUGAAGAGACAAGAAUUAGGCCACCUUUGAGGAUCUUCUGCAAGGCAGAGGAUCCACAGAAAGAUCCCACUGACUAGGCCUGGAGAGGGGACGAUUCUGAGUUCCAGGGUUGGGUGGGUAUGCAGAGUCUGGCUUAGUGAGUGCCAAGGGCAUUUUCCUGCAGAAAUUAAAUUUUUCAUCAGUGA